AAUCCCUGUGCCUCCGUGUAGGCUACAGCUCGGACGGACAAAUGAUUGUCAAUGGAAUACUGGACACAGCCCAGCUAGAAUCACUAUCAGUUUGUGUGUUCGCUCCUCGGCGUUUCUUACCCCUGUCUUUACAGUUUCGUUAUUUUCAGAAUUGACCAAAAUGUAGUCUAACCAUCUGUUUUUGAUCAGGACGAGGGGAACGGGGGAUUUUUUCUUUUUUUUGCUAAUGUAAAAAAAAAUCAUGUCGUGAGUCGCUGGAAGUUUCGUGUAUUUUCCCAAUAUAACCUUCUGUUUUGGUGAUGACUCGUCCACGUUGAAUACACAGUUAGUAUUCGUCGCUAAGUGUGGUAGGUUAUUUUAUGAUCAUACGUGUAAACUACUCAUUGUAAACGCAAUAUACGUAAAACGCUUCUCGUCAAUUUGGCUACUAAAAUGCUGUUGUUCGUGAUAUAUUUAAGUUUUCGUCCUUUCUGAUUUCCUGUCGAAUUACAGGAGACUGAAGUAGGUUUGGGUAUUGACGUUGCUUGUGGUGUAGUCGGAACCGAAUAGUCGGUCAUCAAAUCAGUAAAGGACCUCGUGGGGACUUGUUCUUAUCCCAUUCAGGUAAUAGAGGCAAAUAUGCUAAAGUAUAUAUAUAUUUUGUAAAUAUAUAUUUUGUAUGAUUAUCAUUCCUAAUCGUUAGAGAGCCGUUUAAUAUUCAGUGUUUUUAUUGUGGUCUCUGUAAAAACACGGGUAACCUUUUUUGAUAGAACUUCUUGCGGGGUGCCAGAGGGCAUGGGAGAAGCAACUCCCGCACAGCCCGCAGCAGGAGGGUUCGUACCAAUGUUAGGUCUUGGUAUGGUGGGCUCUAUGCCAGGCGGGGGGGUUGCGGGGCCGCUCGCGACCUCCCGGGGCUCUGCCGUCCCGCAGCUUCACAGCGCCAUAGUGGAACGGUUACGCGCGCGGAUAGAACUGUGUCGAAGGCAUCACUCCACCUGUGAGAACCGGUACCAGCGAGGCCAGGCCGAGAACUCUGACCGGGAACACGAGAGUACUCUUCACCUGCUGAACAUUGUGCAUCAGGGACCCGGGAAUAGGAAAACCAAGGGGAACCGGGCUUCGAACCAACAACCUCCAGACUACAGCAGAGUUAAUGGAGAACAGAAAUGCCAGAGCUCCUCAGCGGGAGACCAGAAGAUCUCAACACGAAUAGCACUCCAAGGGUCUCUGAGGAGGAAGAUCGAGGGCCAUACUCCUGGCUACUCCUCCCAACAGAAUGGCCUGUCCGGUGCGCCGUCGGGGCUGGACUUCAAACGUGUCCGUCUGGAGGGGGGCAGCGGUGGUUUGGGUGGGCCCUGUUCCUUCACCUCACAGGCCAUGGGAGGCAACGCAUCGUCCAUAGGCCACACCCUAAACAGGAAAAACAACAACAGCAGCUACAUGAUGCCCCAUGGGGUCAUGAACUCUGACCUCAUCAACAUGACCCUGAAGGAGAUGAAGAAGGAACCUAUAGACCAUGUUACUUCCUGCGGCCAGAGGUCUACUGACAUGAUGGUGUUCAGCAGCCAGAUCGACCCGGAGCUUCAGGAUCUGUUCGACGAGCUGACCAAGACCGUCCCGUCUCUGCACGACCAGGAGUUUGAGAAGAUGCUGAAGCAGGACGAUACGUUCGGCCUGGCAGUUCUGGAGCGCAGUGCAGCUACCCUCUGCUCCCACCUGGAGAAGCCCAUCAAGACAGAGUACUCCUCUCCAGACUACGGCCAGACACAUGGCCACGGUGGCUCCUCACAGCUCUGCCCGGCAUCCACUGGUCCCUCCUUCACCAUGUCCAGCUCCUCCCCCAUCACCAACCAGAAGAGCCAAGGCCAGGGGCCCUCAGGGCUGGCUGGACCCCCCAGCAGAGGUCUCCCUGGCUGGCCUGAGGUGUCCCAUGCAGAGCAGCUAAAGCAAAUGGCAGCCAACCAGAACCAGCAGCAGCCCAACCCCCAAGCCUUGCUCCACCACCAACAGCCACACCAACAGGCUCAGGCUGGAGGGGGAGGAGGACCAGGGACCAGUUGGAACACGCAGCCCUCCUCCAGCUCCUUCCCCCAGGACAAGCUCUCCAACCCGGCCUCAAUGGGCCAGAGGAUCACCCCCCAGACCUCCAUGGACAGUCAGGGUAAAGGCAUAAACAACUGUCUGUUCAAGCCCAAUGGACACAACACCUCAAGCCACCUGGAUAUGAAGGUGCUCAGCAACAAACCAAUGCUCCACUUCAGCCCCAAAGCAUCCCAGCAACCCUCCACUAUGGCAGGUCCACUGAGUAAGACUACAGCCCAUCAACAACAACAACAGCCGUCCACCUCAGCCCAGAACUUGAACACGAACCACCCAGUUCAUAACUACCAGAACCCCCAGCAGCAACGGCCCAUGUCUGGGCCUCCUCACUUGCAGCCCAAGACUCUGGCCCAGAGAACCCCUCUCAGCCAGCAUGGAGCUGGACCUGGUCUCCACUUUAAACUGGCUCAACAACGACAGAUGCCUCCUGGGCCUCGUCUGCCCACCAACGGCAGCCUAGUGGGGAUGUCAGCCCAGACCCAGGCCCAGGCCAACCAACGUCCCCCUGCCCCUGGCUCCAACACCCAGCAGAAAUCCCCAGGACCAGGGAAGACCCAGGUCAUGCAGAGACAGCUAGCCCAGCAGCAGCACAUCAUCAAUGACUCUGACAAAAUCAAUAGUAGCCAGGAUCUGUUUAACCGUCAUCUAACCAGACCACCACCAGACUAUAAACAGCCCAGAGGAAUGGUCCAACCUACAGGCCUUUUCACAGGUAUGACUUCUUCCCAGUCGUUGUCAACCAACGGGUCUGACCAGAGUGACCUUCUAUCCAUGUCCUGCCACAUGACCAGCGGCCCGGGAUCCAAGAUGACCCCUCCUCCCACGGACUGGAGGUUUGGAAGAGGCCCCCACACUCACCAGAUCCAACAGCACAACAACCAGACCAAGAUGGGACUCGGAGUCGGAGGAGGACUCAACCAAAACAAGUCCAGGUUCCCUGGUCCUCCCAACGGCCAGGGUAAUGGGUUUGAGGUGGGUGGUCUUACCAGUGUACAACAUCCCUCAAGGACAUCAGUAGGCCAGCAGGGUGGAGGGAUGCCCAGUCAGGGGCAGGGUCUCGGGCUGGGGGGUGUGAUGGGCUGGCCUCCUGGAGCUAAAGCUCCCAUCAUGGUCCCUGGGUCUCUCGGGGUAAGGCAGCCCCCGAACUCGCUCCAACCACAGGGGGCCCAUUCCCAGUCUCAGCUCGACAUGUCCAGCCACCAGUACCCUCCUGUCCCCCGGCACAUAGGCCCUGGCCCACCCAACCAGGUGGCACCAGAAAUUGGCAUGCUGCCUCUGAACCCAGCCCUCCGCAACUCCACCACCACCACCAACCCCAGACCCAGCCAACCCAUGAUGCCUCCUCUGCCAGGGCUACCAAGCCUCAACCAGGCCUCUCCGGAGCAGAGGGUUCCCGCUGGGGGCAGCGCCAUCGGGGUCUUCCCACCACAUAACCACAACCCUGGGGGAAGCUACCAGACCCAGAACAGCCGGGCUGUUAACCGACUGACCUUUGAAUUCCUCCAGGAGGGAGACAACACCGUCCCAGGGAUCAACACUGACUCAGACUUCAUCGACUCGCUGCUGAAGUCUGGAUCCGGCAACGACGACUGGAUGAAAGACAUCAACCUCGAUGAGAUCCUGGGCAGUCACUCAUAAAGUGACCUCGAUGAGAUCCUGGGCAGUCACUCAUAAAGUGACCUCGAUGAGAUCCUGGGCAGUCACUCAUAAAGUGACCUCGAUGAGAUCCUGGGCAGUCACUCAUAAAGUGGGAUGAUGUGGGAUUGCAUAAAUAGGGCCCAGAGUUUUUCCAUGCAGCUCUCAUGAAUUCAGGUUCAUUCCAGAGUUUUUCUCUUCUUCAAGUCUCAUGAAUUGGGUCUAAUUCUAGAGACUUUUUCUCUGCAUGUCUCAUGAAUUGGGGUUCAUUCCAGAGAGUUUCUAUUCAAGUCUCAUGAAUUGGGGUUCAUUCCAGAGAGUUUUUCUAUUCAAGUCUCAUGAAUUGGGGUUCAUUCCAGAGAGUUUUUCUGUAGAACAAUUCCACAGAAUUGGUGGCCAGUUUUUCCAUCAAAACAUUCCAUAGAAUUGGGAGCGCUGGCCAGGAGUUUUUCCAGGUUAGAUGGGCCAUGUGGUGUGGAAAAACUCCUGGCCUUAAUUAUAGGCUCCAACUAAAGCCAGGAGCUCCUCCCUCUUCUGGUCAGGAUAAACUCCAGGACCCAUCCAUAAAGACUGAUAACUGCAAAUGCAGAACUUUCCCCAUACAGAGACUAUAGAUGGCCUUGGGUAGUGCAUCCCAAAUGGCACCCUAUUCCCGUUAUAGUGCACUACUUUUGACCAGGGCCCUAUGGGCUAUGGUUGAAAGUGUGCACUAUAUAGGGAAUAGGGUAUCAUUUGAAACACAGACCAUGAAUGGCCAUGAGUCAGAAUUCACCUAAAGGGAUUACAUUUGCAAAGCUAUAAUGUCAUUUUGUAAACCCAAUAUAUAAUUUGAUAUCUAAUUGUACUUUUUGUGUAUUCCUGUGAAGAAAUAUAUAUUCUGUAUAAUAAUAUUUUAGUACAUUAUAAAGGUUAAUUGAAUAAGAAGAUUCUCUGACAGUGUCUUGACCUGAUUCUGAAUAUAUUCUAUCAAACCUUUCUCUUUUCAUAACAUGGGUAUCGGCCAAAAAUGUCACCCUAUUCCCUACAUAGUGCACAACCCAGUCUGCAUUAUGUAGGGAUAGGGUGUCAUCUCUGGCACAGAUAUGGGAGGUAGUGUACUGCUGGUGACUAGAGCCAUGUGGGCCCUGUAAUACAUGGGGUAGAGGGGUCCAAUCAUGGUCAACUGAACAGGAAGUGGCUGUCAUACUUCCUGUCCCAAAUGACACCGUACCUCCCCUUUUACUAUGCUCUACCACAUAAUGCUCUGGUCAGAAGUAGAGUACUGUAGUAGGGAAUAAGGGCGUCAUGACAGGAUAUACCUCCCCUUUUACUAUGCUCUACCACAUAAUGCUCUGGUCAGAAGUAGAGUACUGUAGUAGGGAAUAAGGGCGUCAUGACAGAAUAUACCUCCCCUUUUACUAUGCUCUACCACAUAAUGCUCUGGUCAGAAGUAGAGUACUGUAGUAGGGAAUAAGGGCGUCAUGACAGGAUAUACCUCCCCUUUUAUUAUGCUCUAGCACAUAAUGCUCUGGUCAGAAGUAGAGUACUGUAGUAGGGAAUAAGGGCGUCAUGACAGGAUAUACCUCCCCUUUUACUAUGCUCUACCACAUAAUGCUCUGGUCAGAAGUAGAGUACUGUAGUAGGGAAUAAGGGCGUCAUGACAGGAUAUACCUCCCCUUUUACUAUGCUCUACCACAUAAUGCUCUGGUCAGAAGUAGAGUACUGUAGUAGGCAAUAAGGGCGUCAUGACAGGAUAUACCUCCCCUUUUACUAUGCUCUACCACAUAAUGCUCUGGUCAGAAGUAGAGUACUGUAGUAGGGAAUAAGGGCGUCAUGACAGGAUAUACCUCCCCUUUUACUAUGCUCUACCACAUAAUGCUCUGGUCAGAAGUAGAGUACUGUAGUAGGCAAUAGGGCGUCAUGACAGGAUAUAACCCCCCAAACCCAUCGUGGUGUUUCAUGUUUUGAAUGAUGAUGCUGUCUCAGGUGUUUGUUAUAUUUACCACAGACACUACUCAUCAUGGUAUUUCUACUUUUCUGGCUUAUCGCCUGGGACUGGCUUGAACGACAAGCCACAUCUUAAACCAUUUAUUUUUGAUUUUUGAUCUAAUAUUUAAUAAUCUAUUGGGAGAAAAAAAUAUAUACGACAUUUAUAAACAAUCUAAUGAAUAAAAAUGUUUUUAAAUAAAGAGCCUUUGUACUUUCUGU